UGGUUUUGACAUAAGUAGAAAAAUUUUUUAACCUCUCUGCUGUCUCUCCUCCCUAUACUCUGGUUAUACAUAAUUCACUGAAAAUUAAUUUUGUACGGUCGUGUACACCAUGGCUGGUCUAACGAAAUUAUUUCAAAAUCUCACGAUAACAAACCUGCUGAAAAAUCCAUUUAGACCACUCAUUGUACCCGAACGCACCGUAUACAGAUUCAUCAAGAAACCACUGCCAGGCAAAGGAAAAGCCUUCCGCAGAAUCGUGCAUUAUCCCAAAGAAUACACCGUCGAGCCACUACAAACAACGAAUUUGGCCGGUCGAGAUCCGGUCACGGGUCGUUUAGUUGCCAAAGGUAUUGGCGGCGGUAUCAAGCACAAAUACCAUUGGAUAAAGUUCGAACGAGAUGGACCGAAAGAAGGCCCACCUCAAGUUGAAAAAGUGCUGGAUAUACUGUUCGACGGUUGUCGAACAGCUCACGUAGCUUUGGUAGGUGUUGGCACCGAACUGAAGUAUAUUAUCGCAAGCGAAAAUAUGAAACGGGGCGACCUGAUUAAGACGUCGAGAUUUAUUCCUCGGAUUCCAGUUCGAGCCAACGAAGGUGACGCAUACCCACUGGGCGCCCUACCACUCAACACAAGAAUCCACUGUUUAGAAAGGAUUCCUGGCCACGCCGCUCAUAUGCUGACAGCUGCUGGAACAUUCGGAACAAUUAUUAGGAAGUUUGGCAAUCGUGUUGUCGUUCAAGUCGCAUCCAAGAAAGAAUUUGCAUUUGAUGAAACGUGUAUGGCAACUGUUGGUCGUGUUUCGAAUGUUGAUAAGAACAAAAUUCCAGUCGGUUCAGCGACUCGUAAACGUGAGCUGGGAUACCGGCCAAGAUCCGGUCUAUGGCAACGGAAGACUGGCAAGCAUGGCAGGAAAAUUCGUAGGCCGCCACCGAUGCGAAUCAUGACUGCAUCGAAAUCGAAGCCGGAAAAGAUGAAACUAAACGAACCGAGUAUAGGAACACUGCGAGACAACAAUUACUAAUUGUGGCCUUUGUAGCCGAACCCUUGACAGCAAUUUAAUUAAACUUUUUUUUUUCAAAUUAA